CGCUGUCAGAAAAUGACGUCACUCUGUGUUGGACGGACAGCUGAAAGGCAGACUUCUUGUUGACGUUUUGUUUUGAUCGCGUUUGUUUGGAUUCCCUUUGACGUUUUACCCACAUUCCCAGCGGAUCCUAAAGAUUUCACCGCCACGCCUCGGUUCGGGGAUCCAGCAAAGAUGAAAUGGAUGUUUAAAGAGGACCAUUCCCUCGAGCACCGAUGUGUGGAGUCAGCCAAAAUACGCAACAAAUACCCGGACAGAGUACCGGUGAUCGUGGAGAAGGUCUCCGGUUCUCAGAUCGUCGACAUCGAUAAGAGGAAGUACCUGGUGCCUUCGGACAUCACGGUGGCCCAGUUUAUGUGGAUCAUCCGCAAACGCAUUCAGCUGCCCUCAGAGAAAGCCAUCUUCCUGUUCGUUGACAAAACUGUCCCCCAGUCCAGUCUGACAAUGGGCCAGCUGUACGACAAGGAGAAGGACGAGGACGGCUUCCUGUACGUGGCCUACAGCGGAGAAAACACGUUUGGGUGCGAAGCCGUCUGCGCAGCACAGGGUUAACGCUUCACUGAGAAUCCAGACCCCCCCUGAACACACACAGACACACCCCAAAACAUUAAGGCCCGGUGGCAACACUGGCCUUCACAUAUGGUACAUUAGUAAUGCUUACACACACCUCAGUUUUUGAUACUGAAAUAUAUCAAUUUAUUGGGUUAAAAUUCCCCAAAUGCUCCUGUGAAGAAGCUUUAUUGGUAGUUUAGAUGAUGAGAAAUGGAGAAAGAAAAAUGCUCAAACAUGUUAAAGGACAGUCAUUGGGAGAAAAAUCUGAAACACUGCCGUUAAAUCCGAUAAAAACAGACUCAUGAGUAUGAGCCUAAAAGAGGAAAAAAUAUUUAAAUUCAGGGGGAAAAAGCCUCCAUCCUCCCAUUUUUUCUUUGUUUCUCUUCUUUGCAUUAAUCCAAAGUGAGAAAGAAACGCCGUGAUCUUUAGUGUUAAAUCUUAAAGGCAGAGUGCGGCUCUGGGGUUUAGUGCAUCAGUUUCCAGGUCUUCCUCAGUUUGGCUGGUUCAUCGCUGCGCAUCAUAGCUGCUGAUUCAGGAACCAGAGAAGGCAUGAGCAUUAAGACUUUACUUGAAGUUACCUGAGCUGAACUGUGAUGUUUAUCUGCUGGGAGGCAAAAGCUAAAGUUUAUUCUCAGAAAUUAUACUGCAAACUCUCAACAAUUUAAGAUGUAACAGAAAAGUGAAGAAAUAGCUGAUAAAUUUUACCUUUAAGGAAGAGCUUAGCUAUUAUUUGCUUUGAAUGCACGCUUCUGCAGAUAAUCAUUGGAUGUUUCAGCAACAUUAUGUUGAAACAUCCAUAAUUUCUUUGGAAUAAUUUCCAUAAAGUAUCACAGAAUAUGCAGAAUAAUUUGAAAUGAGUCAGUUUUCUUUUAUUAAAUGUUAGAAUUUUAUUUUAUUUUUUUUUUGUAUUUGAUGUUUCCUGUAUUUUGACAGUUUUGUUGUUUUUCUGCAUCUUAUUAGUUGUAAGGCACUUUAAGUUGUUUGCUCUACACAUUGAUUGUUUCUGUUUGUACUGUUUUAGUUUUAAAUGGAUGAAUUAAUGUAGAAUAUUUGGAAAAUGUGAAAACUAAGAAGUCUUUUGCUGGCUGCAUCUUUUAGUGAAAACAGACUGUAGGUCAGAAGUUUGCAUCCGCUCAUUAUUAGCAUCUAUUUCAUGCUUUAAAUCAUUUUUAAGUACUUGUUAAAACAGAAAUUUGAGGGCAACAAUUUCAAUUUAUUCUAUUUUUUUCUGUAAUCUUGAUUGGGUCAGAAAUAAACUUGCAGUCCCAAAACAUGUGUUUAUAUGUUCCUCUAUUUAGCAUUAGAUUAUCCAUUUGCAAGUCAGAAUUUUUUUUUUUCUAGUAGACCUCAAUAAAGUUGAUUGACUAAUUUAGCACACAUCUCAUCAGAAAUUGUAGAUUUUAUUUUAAGUCAAUAAAGUUGAUUCAUUUCUACCAAGUCUGGGUCAUUCUAGUAGCGCAUUACCAGUCUGUUUUAUUUCUUCAGAAACUGGUUUUGCAGAGUGUUUGGGAUCUUUGUGUUACUGGGUGUAAUUUUUUGAAUUUGCAAUUUAUUGAUUUGAGACAAAACAUCAGUUUGGAAGCAAAUCUAUGCCUUAAUUAUCAAAAUCAAAACAGACCCAGAGCCUGAUGGUUAGGAUGUGCAGCAAAACUAUAUGGAUUUAUAUAGAUAGAUCUAGAGUCGUAAAGAGGGUAAAGCUAUCCAUCCUAAACAAAUGUCUGUAAACUUUAUUUAUUGAAACCAAAAUUUCCCAUUGGAAGAUAAUAAAGUGUUGAGCUUAUUAGAUGCUUUACAGGCUCCGAAGCUUUCCCUUCAUCGACACCUUGACACCUGAUCCAACUACAAAACGUUUCUUUAGAAAGCAGUUGCUUUGUUCAGGUGUUCAGCUACACAUUUUAAAUGAAGUGUGGAGCUCUCGUCUUUUGGCCCUGAUCAUGUCACUGUAGAUAAUGAUGAUACUGCAUCAGGUUUUAAUUUCUGAUGGGUACCGGUUGAUUCUCGUACAUCCUAAGCCAGUCGUUCAGACUGCGUCAGAAGAGAGAAAGCUGGACACAGCUUGUUGUUCCAACAGGACAAAGAACCCAAACACACAAAACUGGUGUUAGAAGGUAUAAAGCAAGCUGACAUUAUGGGCUUGAUGAUAUGCGAGGAGACUGACCGGUUGAAAAUGUUUUUAUGUUGUCUACUGAAAGAAGGGAUUUUAAAAAAAGAAUAUGGCCAAAGUUUAAGUUCUGUGAAUAAAAUUAUUAGAUUUAUCUGCAAAAUGCUAAAAGGAUAUUUAAAAAAUACCACUGCAAAAAGAACUAAAAGUAAGUAAAAAUGUCUUAUAAUUGGUGUAUUUGUAUUUGAUUUUAGUAGGCAAUUUAAAUAAUCUGUCGAUGGAAUAAGAUUGUUUUCCAAAUUCAAUAAGAAAAAAAUAUUGUUAACCUAUUUCAAGUGAGGGUAUGUAUAAUUAGCUUAUUUUAGGGCCAAAAUACAAAUUUUAUUUGUUAUACUUAUUUGCUUAAAUAAACCCUUUUCAAUAAAUGUUUUUCUUUAGAUACAUCUUUGCAGUAUGGGGGUGUAUGCAUGUAUUUGAGCUUGUAUGCAUAAUUAGAGAAAAUCACCAACAUGAACAGACCCUGUUAUGAUCAUUUUAGACAUUUUAACUGCACCAUAAAAAAAAAUAAGAAUCAGAGGACAUUAAUGUCCCAUGAGGGGAUGUUCAGUCCUGGUCAGCACUGUAAGGCUAUUUUUUUGUUGUUGUGAGACACCAAGUAUUCAAUAAAAUACAUAAAUAAAAUAAGCCAAACAUGAAAACCAUCCAAAAUGAUUUGUCACUUUAAAUAAUCUGCACAAAACACUCAAAUAUCUAGUUUAAAAACAUCUACACUAUCCUAAAUAAAUAUAUUAUAGCAAACAUACUGCUGCUAAAAUAAAGAUAUUUCAUAUUAAAUCUGGGUUAUUGGGGCAUGCUCUAAAGUUUUAAUUGGAAAAAAAAAAAACAGGACACUCCCUUUAUGUCUGGAUAGAAAGGAAGAAAAUAACAGAGCUUUCUGACCAACAGCAGCCUCAAAAUCCAAUAUGGCUGCAAUCUGUUUAAACAACAGCAAUGGCUGCCAGAGUAACAGUUUCGUUGCACCUUUGGCAUCCUAUCAGUAAACAUGUAACUUUUUUAUUUGGAUAGAUACAU